AUGCAAAUCAUGUUCCGCGAGGUUGAAUGUCAUUACCGCGAAGCCCCGGGUGAUACGAAUUUAAAAGAUCCGCUUUGGAAGAUGCCGGAGACCGGUGUCUUCACCAGUUUCUUACGCGAUGGGCUUAUGAAUGGUGCCUUCGAUUUGGUGGUCCAUUCAUGGAAGGAUCUUCCCUUGGCUGAGGAGUCCGGUACAACAGUAGUAGCCACACUGCCACGAGCCGACCCCAGGGACUUACUCCUCAUACGUCGAGAUGCUAUCGAGGAAAUGACAUCAGAAGGGGGCAAAUUGAUUGUGUUAUCAUCAUCCCCUCGACGACAGUUCAACUUAACACCUUUCCUGGAGAGUGUGGUUCCUGGGGUCACCUCAGUUCAGUUCCGAGACGUUCGGGGGAACAUCCAGGUGCAGCCGAUGGGUUCCUCACCAUAUGAAGGCCUCCUUCAGACUCGUAUGAGGAAGUUGAUGGACCCGACCAUACACGACGAGAGUCUUGGUUGUCGUCCCCAUGGCUUGGUGGUGGCUAAGGCAGCAGUGGAUAGGUUUAUACGCAGUACUAGAGAGGAGUUCAAAGAGAGUCGGCAACUCGUACAGGGAUACAUAUCUGAUUGCCGCUGUAUGGUAUUGCCUUUGUCUGCUAACCCCACUGCUGCAGCCCAGGGAGCCUUGGGUAUUGAGGUCAGUACGGCACCGGAGAAGGAGCAUGUUAGGAAGAUUGUGAGGAGUCUCAAUGAUCGGAGUACAUUCGAUGCGGCAUCGAAAGAAAAGGAGCUUUUGAAUUCAUACGGUGGAGGCUGCCAUCAGAAGAUCGGCUGUACCAUCCUUCCUCGACAAUAUGGAGAUGUGUUGUUCUUAUGUGGCCGAACUGAUAAUGGAUUGGACCUUCUAGACCGGCACAUCAAGCCAAGGAUACCUCUACUAGAGGACUUACAUCUGAGGGAAGGAGAAGACCCUCCACCCCUACAGGUUGGUGGCGCUGGUGGAUUGUCUUUAUUCGAUAGGGAAGAGGAUCCACAGGCCGGCGUGAAGCUCAUUGAAGCACUCAGGAAGGGAGAUCGUGAGGUGGGCCUUUGGAUUGCCAAAGCAUCGGCUUUACCGUCGUCCCCUACCACUCUAAUAGAGUCCAUCAAUGAGCUCAAUGUCCCAGUAUGGGUUGCCGGCACCACCACUUGGAGGCACCUCGCUAAGCGUGGCCUCUGGUGCACUGGUACGGCCGAUGGUCUGGGGGAGAAGGAAGAUCCUGAUAUCUCCGCUAUUGCUCCAACCCUCAAGAGGUGGAUAAAAGUCACACACUGUGACGCUGGUGAACGGCAACAUGUUUCGAGUGGAGAGGCUCAUCGGAAGGAUACACUCGGCACAUACACUCUAAAGUCGAAGUAUACCCCUCAAACCUGUCCCUCUGAUCUUAAGACGGCCACACAUAUAUUCUGGGGAAGUGGCUCUGCGUAUGCCGAGGCAGUGAGGUUGGUAGAAGACCUCAACAACAGAGUUGAAGUCCAUGGUUGCGGUCCCGGCCAUACAUUUGAUGCACUGCGAGAUGCCGGCAUUCCGGAAGAGAGAAUAGUUAUUGUUCUCAACUUCUCGGAGUUUGUCGAUAGAGUGUAUAAGCCGAAGACUCGAUAG